AUGCGCAGGAGGCUUUGGUGGUCGCUAGUGCUCUUUGACUCGCGCAUCGGAGAGAUGGCCGCUGACCACCGCUCUACGCUCCUCACUCCCUAUGGGAUACCAAGACCCCCGGAACAAGUGGGAGCUCUGACGGCAGACCAGACUCCGUUAACGGAGGCACUCUUUGUUGUUGUUCGAAGCGAGGUAGCAGAUUUUGUCCGACAUUCUGCCUUCCACCUGGAUUUCACCUACCUAACCUCUGAGGAUGAUUUCGGAGACCUCACUUCGCUUGAGCGAAUGAUGGAAGAAAAAUAUCUCAAGUUUACUCAUCUGGAAAUCCCUUUUCAAUUCAUGGCAACAUGGAUGGCGCGUGGAUACCUGGCUGAGUUCCUUCUCAUGGAACAUCAUUCAAGGUAUUCGACUACCUGUCCGACAGACGAUCAGCGUGAUACCGGUAUUUGUUUAGCGAUGCGCAGGCUUGAAAGCGACACAAAAUUCAUGUCUUCUCCUCUUACAAGGAGAUAUAUUUGGCUACUUGACUUCCAUUUGCCCUUCCCGGCAUACGUUCACAUUUUCCAGGAUCUGAAGAGGCGGCCCUUAUGUAGACAUGCGGGGCGCGCUUGGAAAGUCCUUAGUGACAACUUUACGAUUCGAUCAAGGGCGCAUGCGAAGCUCACCCCAUACAGAGGGGGGAAUCCCCUACACCCCCGACAAUAG